AUCCAUCCUGAACCUCCCCUGGCGCAACUUGAGGCCAUUCCAUCUCAUCCUAUUGACAGUGAGAUGGGAGAAGAGGCCAACUCUCACCUGGUCACAACCUCCUUUCAGGGAGAUGCUGUGAGCUGUGAGCCCUCAAGUUGCGUAACCGUUGGGGUUAUGGCAACUGAUUAAAAAUGAUGGGAUGGAAAGUAAUGAGUUUCCUCAUAGGAGGCGCUCAUCUUGAGCUGUCAAUCUGAAGAAGUGCAAACAGAUGCGGACAAAGGAGAGUCAAUGCGGUGUAUUGAAAAAACAUGCAAGGACAUGACGCAUAAGUUGCCAGGGCAAGUUUCACAUUCAGGGAUAUCCUGUGCAGUAGCGUCCUUGUUGCAGACCCUGUUUCUGUAUUGCGUCUCUUCUGGGCCCGCUGAGCAAGAAGAAAUUCCUUCUUGAGGUUGUCAAGGCACUAUGAAAGUUUUCCGGCAAAGCUGUGGAUGCCCCGUCCGUGGAGGUGUUCAAGGCCUGGUUGGGUGGCGUCCUGGGCUGCCUGGCCCAGUGGGUGGCAUCGCUGCGCACAGUGGUGGGGUUGGACGUACCACUUGUUUAACGUCCCCUCCAAGCCAGGGCAUUCUAUGGUGCUGUGAUUCUACGAUAUGGCGCCUUUGGUGUUCCGUUUCCGGAUGGUCGCCUGGAUCCGGAUUUUGUGCCUCAGGGGAAACCCAGAGGGCUUGCACAGAUAAGUCCUAAGUGUUUGGUUAGUUGGAGAGCUGCCACAUAUGAGUGGGAUGGUUACCCCUGCCAUCAGCUGAGAGCACCCAGGCCUUGGCCCUCUUGGUCAAUCAACAGCGUGGAAUCGUGUCCCUGAGCCCGGUGUGGAUGCUGGAGGUGUGACUGGAGGUGUAGGUGAUCCAGCUUCCCCUCUGCGAUCCAGGAUGCGUGGGAGUCCGUCAUCUCACAUGGAAGUGCGGCCAGGGAAGGCGUUGCCAAGUCCUCAGCUCUUUCCUGUGCUGGAGCCCCGCUGGAAUCCCAGGGCUUCCUACGUUGUGUUAGGUCCGGAAAGAGGAAAGGAUACAUCUAGAAGAGGGAGAUACUCCCCGAGGUCAUCUCCUGGGCUAAAGGAACUCCUGAAGGAAAUGGAGAAGGCAGCGCGUGGAAGUGACCAACCAUCUGCACAGGACGCGCUGCGGUUUGGCAGCCAUCCCACACUGCCAGUCUCGGCCAGAGGAACACAGACAGCGCCGACAACUGGCAUGCCAGGGGUGGAUGCUGGGAAAAACACAAGGGCUGUGCUUCAGGAGUUUCUGCAGGUGCACUUCACCCUAGUGAUCACAGUGCUUGUAACUGUGCUGCUGUCUGGGCUGGUGAUGACCUGUAUUGCUGUGUCGUGGAUGUGGCACAAAUAUCCAGUGUGCAAGAGGGCAGAGACAGCUCCAGGACAAGCGCAUCCUGAGAGUGACCGGGAGAGAGGCCAAUCUGGAGGUGAAGGCAGAGCGGAGCUGGGAGAGGCAACAGAAGAUGCCGUAGUUGCCCAAGAAAAGAAGAAUGUGUCCAGCGGAUCCAGCCCGUUCCCCUCCUCCUUUGAAGCGGAGUUUGAACAGCUGUGCAGCAAAAUCCGCACAGACCCUUCCCUUUGGCCCACGUGUCCCAGCAGCUCUCCCACGGACGGCGUCUCUUCCCCAGAUGCCCGCGGUUCUCGGGGUUCCCCAUAGCCAUCUAGUGCCCCGGUUACCUGUGUCAGCAGGGCUGGGGUCCCCUGGAAGACCCCGCUUUGUGAGUAAUAAAGACACCCUGUGCAAAA